AUGACCGACGAGGUCACGAUUUCUGCCCUUUAUACGAUGAAUGAUGUAUCGCCAGAUACGGUGAUUCGAACCCUAACAAAUGUCAGCUCACGAGCGAGAAUUGUUGUGGUCUGUCUAGCUGAGACAAUCGGACAGAAGCGCACUUUCAUCCUGGCUGCCAAAGAUGGCGGCUUCCUGACCAACGAAUAUGUCUACAUUUUCGCUGAUACAAAAUCGAAAGGAUACAGCCUCGUUGAAAUUAGUAAGAACGGUACACGCAAGCCCGUAUUCUACCUCGACGGUUUAGACAACUCUGGUGCGCAGAUUCUUUAUGGAACCGUCGCUGUUGAUGGAUAUAAGGGGGUCUUCAAACCUCUAUACACCAAUGAAGUCAAUCUGUGGUGGACUAGGGACGGAGUUCGUCCACUGGCAGUACCAAGAUGUGGAUUUUCCGGAGACCAGAAAGAACUUGUGGCAGCGAUGAAACAUGAAGCGAGGAUACAACUGGACCCUCACGAUUGCAUGGAAAUGAGAAAGAAAGAGGGAUCCUUUCAAAAUUGUCUUGGUGACUUUGUUUCCCAUUUCUAUAAUAAAAUGAUUAAGCUGAGAGAAAUGGAACACGACAAUGUCAAUCGUUUCCUCGGAUUGUGCCUCGAUGGUCCUCAACUACUUUCAAUAUGGAAACAUUGCAGUAGGGGAAGCCUCAACGAUAUAAUCACUACAGGAUCAACUCCAAUGGACGGUGUCUUCAUAUUUUCACUGAUACGUGAUAUUGCACACGGUUUGGCAUUCAUCCAUCAAUCAUUCUUGGAUUAUCAUGGGUCCCUAACAUCGAAGUGCUGCCUCGUGGAUGAUCGUUGGCAAGCAAAGGUAUCAAGCUAUGGUCUGAGAAAAAUACGAAUGUAUGACAAACGCUUGCCACAAGACUUGUUGUGGACAGCACCUGAGAUUCUACGUAAAGACGAAUCUGCUGGAUCCCAGGAAGCGGACAUUUACAGUUUUGGUAUCAUAUGUGCACAGUUGGUCACAAAAACUUCUGCAUGGGAUAUCGAUAAUAGGAAAGAAGACGCAUCAGAAAUACUUUACAUGGUGAAGAAAGGAGGUCAUAAUCAGGAGCGUCCCUCACUGACACUCAAAGAUGGUGAUGAAGCAAAUCCUGCUUUGCUUCACCUUAUUCGGGACUGCUGGACGGAACGCCCUUCAGAAAGACCAGAUAUAAAUAUGGUGAAAUCGAGUUUGAAGAGCAUGAAUACGAACAGGAAAGGAAAUCUGAUGGAUUACGUAUUUAAUAUGCUUGAACAGUAUGCUUCAACGUUAGAAGGAGAAGUUGAAGACAGAACAAAACAGUUAGCUGAAGAACAAAAAAAGAGUGAUCUCUUGUUGUAUCGAAUGCUACCCAAGCAAGUAGCUGACAAAUUGAAACUCGGGCAGUCUGUAGAACCGGAAACUUUCGAAAGUGUAACUGUGUUCUUUUCGGAUGUGGUAUCGUUUACAACUCUUGCAGCUAAAUGUAAUCCAAUGCAGGUAAGAGUUUUGGUUCUCCUCAACUGA